CACGAUGGCACGACGCCACCACGACCCGCUGGCCUGCGCACAUUUCUGGUCUGUAUAAGGCUUGCGUACUCUACCACUUUUUCCGAAACCUCUCUACUCUGUGCUAGGCCUCCACAGCAUCGUCUGUCCUGAUUCGAGGGCCUGCCUGGGCCUGCUAAGUUAACCCUACUCGGUCCUGGGAAUCACGCGAGGCCGCCUUGACUGAUGGCACCGUUUCUUGCGCCGCAUACAGUUCUGAAUGGGUUCAAGGAGCGAGCAGAGGCAGUAGUCGUGCAGGGCGAUAGGUUAUAUGUGGGAACAACCAUAGGGAACCUGCACAUCUAUGCUCUCAAUCGCUCUGUUGAGGAUGGAACAGAGUCUCCGGCACAGCUUGUGGAGACCAAGAAGGCUCUAAGCCGGAAGGCGAUAGAGCAGCUGUGCUACGUGAAAGACGUUAGCUCCCUCGCGGUUCUCUCUGACUCGACCGUUACUCUAUACCCUCUCCCAAGCUUCUCACCCGCUACACCCCUCACGAAGAGUAAACAAGCACUAUCCAUAGCGACGUUCACGGGUGUAGUACACAAUGCCGACAAGCUGCAACUCUCGCCUGGAGAGUUCGACAAAGGCCAGGACGUGCCUUCGGUGGUGACGCACCUCGCCAUUGGCUGUAAGCGCAAGAUGGUCAUCUAUUCAUGGAAGGAUGGCGAACCGCAGGAGCCACAGGAGACAACUCUUUCUCACUCUCCACGGGCGAUGUCAUUCCUCGGCGAAGACGUGAUCUGCUUCGGCUAUGCGAUCUCAGACUAUGCUCUUUACUACCUCAAGACUGCCACCAUGGUCGAGAUCGCUGCUCCCAUACCGUCGGUGACAUCCGGCACGAGUAUCAGCAACAUGGGCAUGGGCGCACUCACAAACCUCGGUGGCUACAUGGGUCUCGGCGCAAGGGCGAGGCCCUGGAUUGUCAGCAUACAUGAGAGCGAGGCACUCAUCGCAAGAGACAAUAUUGGACUAUUUCUUGGUCCCGAUGCCAAGGUGACAAGGGAUACUCACGUUGACUGGCCUGCACCACCCGAGGAGUUAGCCUUCAUCAGACCAUACAUCUUCGCAGUCAUGCCUUCGGGCACCGUACCUACCUCACGACUCGACGGCUCCUCAACAUCUACGUUCACUUCGCAAGCCUCCACGAGCUUCGUUCCCUCCCCCGUAGUAGAGAUCCGCUCCUCGAUAUCUCUUUCUCCCGUCCAGUCCCUGCCUUUCCCACCUCCGCCUGCAGAUGACGCGUCUUCUGCCACGCCGAUGCAGCACUCCGUCCGACUUCUGACUUCCCUGCCAGCAAAAUCUUCCCUCUUCCUCGUCACAACACCUACAGACCGUGCUGCCGCGACUGCGCAAGGGAGCUCGAUAUGGCAGUUCCGCAUGAAACCAUGGCAUGAGCAGGUGGAUGAGCUCGUCGAGGCAGGAUCCUAUGCAGAUGCGCUCGCGCUUUUAGACCUGCUUGACGCCGCAUCUCUUCCCGACAAGGAGCAACGACGAAAGGUCGUGCGCGCGUUACACGCCGUCUCAGAAUUCAAAGCCGAACGCUUCGACCGCGCAAUGGAUACCUUCAUUGAGCUCGACAUCAAUCCCGCAAAGGUCGCUGCACUCUACCCGCCUAACAUCGCCGGACGGCUUUCCCUUUCACAGGAAGAAUGGAUCCCACUGUUUGGUGGUCCCGCUCCUCCCAAGCCGGAGAGCAAGCCACCAUCGGUUGACGAGAAGCAGGAUGGCGCAGAAGGGCAGGAGCAGCAGAGACCUCCGUCUCCGAAAGGGUCCAUCCGUGCAUCUAUCUCUGGGUUGCGGACCGGGCUCGAGAACAUUGUCUCGCCGACGAGGUCGAGAGACGACGACACGGCCUCAGUCAUUGGUAGGCCACGAGGACCGCCAAAGGACGCAUUCCACCGCUCUGUAGAGACUCUGAUGCGCUACCUCUCCGACCGCCGGCCAAAGGUCGAUGGUGCGCUCAAAGCCCUCAACAUCACUUCUGCUGAAGCGCAUCGCUGGCCCCACCUUUCUGGCGCGUCUCGCGAUGAACUCUUCGCACUGCCGAACGUGCCCCUUGCUGCAUUGACCCCCGAGGAGCUCGUGCGCUUUGCGCAAAUCGUGGACACGGCACUGUUCAAGUGCUAUCUGCUGGUGCGCCCGGGUCUCCUUGGCCCCUUGUGCAGGGUCAGCAAUUGGUGCGAAGUCAGCGAGGUAGAAGAAGCCUUGCGGGCGAGAGAGAAACACUCGGAACUCAUCUACCUGUAUAACGGGAAGAAGAUGCACGAGAAAGCACUCAGCCUUCUGCGAGACUUGAGCGAGAAGGAAACGGACAUGCGGGAUAGGCUCAUGCCUUCCGUGACCUACCUCCAACGCCUCGGUCCGGAGCACCUUGAACAAAUCUUCGGUGCGGCCCGCUGGAUCUUCGAGCAGGAUGUCGAUAUUGCGUUUGAGAUCUUCACCUCAGAGGAAGUGGAACUUCCACGCGAGCCGGUCCUUGACUUCCUUGAGGGGAUCAACCUCGGCAUCGCUGCACGAUACUUGGAGUACUUGAUUGACGAACGUAAGGAAGACGGUGCAGGAUUCCAUGAACGACUGGCAGAGACCUAUUUGCGGAUGGUUUCGGAUGCCAGGAGAAGAGGGGAUGAAGAGACACGCAGAAGUGCAUAUGAAAAGCUUCUGCAGUUCAUCGACACCACGGAUCGGUACAACGCAGAUCGCCUAUAUGCGCUCUUGCCAUCGGAUGGUUUCUUUGAGGCGAAGGCCAUUCUGUUGGGGAGAUUGGGAAGACACGACAGCGCACUCGAAACCUAUAUCUAUCGACUUCGAGAUUAUCAUGGCGCAGAAGAGUACUGCAAGCGUGUCUACAAACCUAACGCCGAGACCUCGACCAUUUUCCUCACCCUUCUCCGCAUCUACCUCCGACCCUCACCCUCUUCCCCACUCUCUGCCUCUGAUCUCCUAGCUCCCGCACUAGAUCUCAUCAGUAGGCAUAGUCCCCGGCUUGACGAAGUCGAGACAUUGGACCUACUUCCUCCGCUCGUGACCGCACGCGACGUACAAGCCUUUCUGAAGGAAGCCCUCAGAGCGCCGAUACUCGAUACGCACAUCGUGAGGGAGGUGGCAAAGGCGCGGAAGGAUGAAGUCAACAGGAGGCUCAUGAGCCUGCAGAUGCGUCGGGUAAAGGUGACGGAUAGCCGGAUAUGCCCUCAGUGUCAUAAGCGCAUCGGAUCCAACAGUGUCAUCGCUGUACAUGCUCCAAGAGGGGAAGUCACGCACUAUCAAUGUCGAGAAGCGUUCUCUCACAAGCUCAAGGAGAUACGAAGAUGAUAGUAGGCACUGCCGCCGUUCACGUCGUGUUCAUAGUACAUUAGCUCUAGUUCUAUCAGUUCCACGAAUCUCAAUAUUACUUCCAGUCUGUCGUUCAGCAUCCAGCUCUCAGCGUUCCUUCGCUGCUGGCCUGUA